CAGUUUGCCUUGCCAUUACCGUUCACCGGCACCAUUGCUUGCGCGGGCAAUGAACGAUCUUCUCAACCCCUUUGCAGUGGUCACUUACCCUACCGCCGUCCAAUUCUCCCUUUACGCAGGGGCAUCCAUCGCUCGCUUCGAUCCUUCAGGCAGAUACGUCGCUGCAGGUCGCCCGGAUGGAGCAGCAACUGUAUGGGACCUUGAUACGCGUGCCAGCAUACGCUGGCUUGAGGGACACGUCAAAGGCAUUACCAGUGUCGACUGGUCACGCAACUCCCGCUUCCUACUCACCGCCUCGAAAGACUGGAACGUCAUAAUCUGGGACCUUGCCGCCCUCGCUGACCCACCGGAUCGCCGCACAACAAUCCGCUUCGACGCACCUGUGCUCAGCGCCUCUUUUCACCCUCGGAACAGGCAAGCUCGCAUAGUUCUCGUGCUCCUUGGUACCGGAGAAGUUUAUAUCAUUGACCUCCGCCGUCAUGCUCGCGCCCGUAGUCGCGUCGAACUUGUCGAGGAUGACAACGCGGAAGUUGAGGAUGCUACAGGGAGACAGUCCGCUAUGACGGUCGCACAAUUUGAUCCAUCUGGCAAAUAUGUUUUCGUAGGUACCUCAGCGGGCACGGUACUCGUGUUCCACACAAGAACCAAAAUACUUGUAGGUCGUCAUAGGGUUCCAGGUGCGGGAGCAAUGAAAUCCUUCGACUUCACUCGUAACGGCAGGAGUCUUGUCACGAACUCUGUGGACCGCACCAUUCGCCAAUUCAUGCUUCCUGCUUCUUAUCCUUCGCCGCCAAGCUCUACGUUCUCCCAAACACCAAAUCCACAGAGAUCACCAUCUCCGUCUCGCAAUGCUUCCCCCCAACAGACCGAUGGACAUGAUCAAACACCCGCAGUAAACGGGGUGAACGGUAUGCAUGAAGACGGCGACGUGACGAUGUCUCAAGUACUUGAGAACGAGUUAGAGCCGACGCAGCGCUUCAACGACCCUAUUUCUCGUACCGCUUGGCAUACCAUGUCGUACAGUCCAGACGGACAACUUCUGGCUGGCGGUGCUGCGGACCCGGCAGCGCACAAGAUCUUCAUCUGGGAUAUAUCUCAUGACGGUCAAUUUGUAACUGCCCUCGACGGCGGACGGGAACCUCUUCUCGAUGUCCACUGGCAUCCCAUGAAAUCUGCGAUUGCGUCCACUGCAAAGGACGGGAAUGUGCUCAUAUGGCACUACCCAACGCCCGAGCGGUGGGGUGCCUUUGCAGGAGGAUUCGAAGAGGUAGACGAGAAUGUUGUAUAUGAGGAACGAGAAGAUGAGUUUGACCUGGAAGAUGAAUCUGCCCUCGCUCUCCGCAAAAAGGAACUGGAGGAUGAUCAUGUUGACAUAAUCAAUGGUGAUGACAACCUGCCUGCUGACGGAAGCGGGUUAUUAAAUGGUUCUCCCUGUGCGAUGGGGCCUGGCGAGGGGCCCGAAGAAGAUUAUGAUUGGGCUGAUGUGGAUAAUGAGGAAGACUGUACACCCUGGAGGAUGAAGGUAUUGAUGGUGGAUGAUGAUGAUGCAUAUUGAGUGAACUGGAGGGUCGUAGGGUCCUCGGAUUGGUACUGCCUAUUCCAUAUGCCUGACUGUGCUUUCUGUCGGGACAACAGAUGUAAUGUGAGGAUUCAUACCUGCAGGUCCAUGUGAAGACCAUCAUCAACACAAAAGCAAGGAUCCUAUGUCUUCUGCCUUCUCCACCCUGGCCUCUUCCUUUACUUUAAGAAACAGGUAUAUUCUGCAAAACUAUACACAUCUGCCUUUCCCAUCUGGUAUGUGGCCAAUCCAUU